GCCAACAGGUAGACGUCGUUAUCGCGCGAUCGUUUUCCGUCGCAUCCGCCGUCGCUACUGGUGUACUAAUAUUUCGGUAGUUGUUUCUCGUUGUUAUUAUUAUUUUUAUUUAACACACGGUUCGUAAUAUUGUAUUUUUUUGCCGUUCGGAAAUGCAAUAAUAAUAAUAAUAAAUUAUCAUCGUGUACGCGACCGCCCGUACCGUGUACGCCGCGUAUAGGUGUAAUAAAAUAUUAUAGCGUUACGCCGACGGUUGUAAUAAUAAUAUAAACGUCGAGAAGAUAACGCUGUGCUAUAUUGUAAAUUGAAUUUAUUUGUUUUUUUUUUUUGGCGUCGAGAUGUGUUCUAGCGCGUUGCCGCGCUACCGCGACAGCUGCUGCUGUAUUAGUGCCGUACCGACGUUUUGAUUGUUAUAAUAUUUUUUAAUUUACCCGGUUUUUCGGUUGUUAAUCUCGCGACGAGUUUUGUGUUGUUGUCUAAUCGCUCUGGUGUACCUUAAGAAGAAUACCUAGUCAGUGGACGUGUGUGUUUGUGCGCGGUUUUUUUUUUGUUUUACAAAAGCUUGCCGCCACGGCGUACAAAUGAGGGCAAGUCGUAAUGAUCAAUUAUUGCGCAGCGCCGCGGCGUGUGCUCACGUUGUUUUCCGGUAACGCCGCUGCCGUUCUCGCUUGUCGUCGUCCGCCGAUAAUAUUCGAUAAUACCGCAUAGUGUUUUAAUAAUAAUAAUAAUUAUCAAAAGGAAUAAUAUUACAAUCCGAAAAACACCGGAGGGCGCAACUGCCGCGCGUCAAAGGGUAGCACGGUCUACCGUAGUAAUAAUAAUUAUACAAGUCGGCGAAUCCACCUCGCGCCACAACAUGGCCAACCCGAGAAAGUUCAGCGAGAAAAUCGCCUUGCACAAUCAGAAACAAGCCGAAGAAACGGCCGCGUUCGAGAAAAUAAUGCAAGAAGUAUCGGCCGCCACCUGCGUAAAGGCAAUGGUGAAUGGCAGUACGGAAGAAAUAGUCGACAACAGCCCCAACCAUCAAGCACGUGGCCGACCUGUGGGCUACAGGGAGCGAGGUCGCAGCGUCGGGUCCGUCGGUCCUAUGAGAUCCGAAAAACGGUCGGCCGACAAAUCGCCGUACUCGAGCGGACCUUACUUGUCGCCACCUCCCCCAGAUUCGAACUGGAGGCGUACGCAUUCGGACUCGGCCUUGCACCACAGUGUCACCCAAAGUAACUCCACGGAAUCGCUGGCGCAUUUGCACAGCCCCGGAUCUCAGCGCAGAGCACUUAUCGAUAACCAACAAUACGACAAGAAGAGGUACUUGUCCACAUCACCCGACAGAAGACCUAGAUCUUGCUGUGACGUCCCUAGAGUUCCUGGAAUCCAUGUUUUCACCACUCAGCAAGAACCGGGCGUCGUUCAAAUCCCCAUCGGCAACAAUACCGGUUCAUUGCCGGACCUGACCAACUUCCAGUUUUCACCACCGAUCCACGCCCCGCUCGAUCAGGACGAUCAGUACAAUUUGUCAUCGCCUUACAACAGCAACAGCCCGAUAACGGAAGGCUAUAGCCCGCAGGGUUCUCAAGGUUCUCAGGGCACACCGAGCCAGAGCCCGAGCGUUUUGUCCCCGGUAUCCGCUAACAGCCGUACGCCGCCCACACGGUUUUCUUUUACUAGCUCUCCGCCGCCCGAUUCUCCCCAACAAACUACCGUGGUGACAUGCGACAUAGUGUUACCAAACCAUCUUAGUGUCCCUUACUUUAUGAACCAUAGGUUGCAACGCACGAGUAAGGGAUUCACGGUGGACAACAGCCCGGGAAACAACAACGCCGCAGAGAACAGCUGUAAUAAUAAUAGUUGCGCCAAAAUGCAACAAACGUCGUUAGGUCAGAAUUCGAAUUAUGUAAACAAUUGUGUGGCAGGUGGUGGUGGUCAGAGGAACGGCAUGAAGCUGGGACCGAUGCAGACGUUGAUGUACCAGCACGUGCCGUUGUCGCCGGCCCAACAGCUGUCGUGCAGUCCGGUCGACGGGCAAAACGACAUAAACUCCUCUUCUCAUCUGAACAUAGGAAAUUCACAACAGCACAACAACAACAACGCGUUGGGAUCGUACAGAAAUCAACAGUCCAACCGACCUAGUCCGCAAUCGUCGCCCGGACUUACGAUUCAAUACGGCAGUUCUAGCCCGUUGUGUAACAGUCCACAGAGUCCGUCGUCGCCGAGCAGCUCAGUCAGUAGCACCAGCAAACAAAAUCAAAACUAUCAAACGCACAAAGAUUUCUACACGAAUCAAGCCCAAGCCAACACCUUGCAGCAGCAUUUUGAACAAUUUACGAUGCAGGACUGGAACCAACUAAUCCAAACGCUUAAAGAGUCGAACGCCACAUCUUGGAUGGCUACUCAACUGCAGCUCGACAGUCCCGUGUCGACCGGCUUAGAGUACAUAGGCUCGCCCACUAACAACACGUACUUGCAACAGACUGAUGAUUAUGUCAAUUCGGAGUUGACGGCCGAUCCCGGCUACUUUAGCACGUCGCCCUCACAGUCCCUUCAGUAUCCCAACCAAACACACACCACGCCAAAUACUCCUUCCAGUAUUCCAGACAUCAUACUCACGGAUUUUUCCAACGGCGGCGAUCAGCUGGACACGCGGAACGAUUACGUCAAAGGAAUAGUCAACUGCAACAACACGUUCGACACGGCCGGCUUCUUCUCGACCGAAGAAAGCCUGCGGCAAGGUCUGGUCGAUCAGCUCGACCUGGAACACUUGCAGAUGUUGGCCGAGUCGGACAUCGAAGCCGUCGCCAACAACGAUCACUUUCGGAUGUAAACGACGAUGGCCGUGUUUCUCCCACAAUUGUCGUCAAAAAUUCUUCUUUUUUAUCGAUACCGUUUUAAUUUUUUUUUGGUUUUUUUUUAUCUGUGAUCUACCUACGUUUAGCUUUUUUUUUAUCGCCGGCCGAUAGUGCCGAUAAAUAAAAUAAUAAUAUGUAGCCGCAACACACAACUGUUAUAUUAUAUUUUACUCGUUUGUUCGUUUUUUUUUUUAAAAAAAAUUUUAUAUACGUUGUUUUACUGUUUUUUUUUAUU